AGAUACCAAAGCUGUGAUCGUGCAUAGUUGGAUCCCUGAUGUCGAUGCGUGUACCUCCAUUGGGUGGUGGGGUAGAGAGAGUACGCUCUGUACCUCAUACCCGUCUUGAAGAUGAUACAGCGGUAGAGAAACACUACCAAUGCGGUGUUAAGUUAGGUGCUGGUAGUUUUGGUGUCGUCUAUGAAGGAACAUGUUUGAAGACAAAGAAGAAAUGGGCCAUCAAGAUUAUCAACAAGGAGAAGGCUGGUAGUCUUGCAGUCAAGCUUCUAGAGAGAGAAGUAGCCAUCUUGAAGAAAGUCAAUCAUAGACAUAUUAUUUAUCUCAAAGAAGUAUUUGAAACACCCAAGCGAAUGUACUUAGUGAUGGAGAUAUGUGACAAAGGAGAAUUGAACAAGCUUUUUACCCAUGAGGGCGUCUUUUCUGAGGCACACACAAGAACAAUUAUACAGAGAUUGACAAGUGCUGUAGCCUACUUACACAAAAAUGAUAUUGUGCAUAGAGAUAUAAAGCUUGAGAACAUACUUCUUAGUAAGAACCCUGAAGAACAAACAGAUAGAUUGAAUAUUAAGUUGACAGAUUUUGGAUUAUCUGUAGUGAAAGGCGGGGUUGGUAGUGAUAUCCAGAAUAUGUGUGGAACUCCAAUGUAUAUGGCACCUGAAGUAAUAGACAACCAAGGUUAUAGUCAACAGUGUGAUAUAUGGAGUAUAGGUGUCAUUGCUUUCCUAUUGAUGUGUGGUGAGCCUCCAUUCACUGGUCAAGAUGAGGAAAGUCUCUAUGAUUCUAUCAGGAAAGGAGAUCUAGAUUUCUCUACUAAUGCAUGGAAGAGGAUUAGUGAUGAAGCCAAAAAUGCAAUUCAAGGGCUUCUGAAGGUUGACCCUGCUCAUCGUCUUACAGCGAGUGAACUCUUAGACCAUCCCUGGAUCACGGGUGACCGAUCACGACCAAUGAACAAUGGCCCUACUAAUGUACUAGAGAUGAUGAAACAAUGGAAGAAUGACCUCUUACUGGAGGAUAAAGAAGAAGAGGCAGCAGAUAGUGCUGAUGGAGGGAAUGAUGAUUCAAUGAAUAACAAUGUCAAAGAAAAGAAUAAAGAGAAAGGAAAGAUGAAUCAGCAGUCAGGGUCAUCAACAGGAUCAAGGGUAAGUUGA